UUUCUUAAUUAAAACAUAUAACAUCAUUAAUUUUUAUAUAGCAUAAUUUGGACGGCAUAUGGAAGCUUAUAUGCUGCAGAAUUCAACUUAGGAACAGAUGAAGAACAUUGAAAAAUGAAUAUAAACAACUGUUAAAGGAUUCAUUCUAAAAGACAACAAAGAAAAAUAAAUUAAUAUGACCACUGUUCGAUAUGCACGAGUAAGAUCAACAAUCACAGACCACGACAACAGUGAUGAUAAUGGAAAUCAAUUGCAGACAAUCGAUAGUGAAGAUGAAGAAGAUAUUCUUCCUAAAGUAAAGAUCUCGCCUCUUAAUAAUGACGUUAACCACAUCACAAUGAAACAUUCUACACAACGCAGUAAUUCGAUUAUGAGAACGAUCAUGCUGACUGGAUUGCUAAUUUUAUGCUACUUUAUUCUUUCCAUUGGACUAACAUUCUACCAGCGAUGGCUUUUAAAAGGCUAUAAAUUUCCAUUUUCUGUUGUUAUUUAUCAUUUAUUUAUUAAACUAGUCAUGUCUACGCUUAUAAGAAUUUUCUAUCGGAUGUUUACGGGAAAACAACGCGUAAAACUUUCUGUAUCAACUGGGAUAAGAAAAGUUGCACCAACAUCUUUCUUUGGUGCUGUUGAUAUUGGUUUUUCCCAAUGGGGAUUGGAGUUUGUAGAUGUAGCACUUUACACGAUGACCAAGUCAACUGUUAUAAUUUUCAUAAGUUUCUUUGCAAUCUUAUUUAGAUUGGAGAAGAAGAGCUGGUCUCUUGGUGUCAUUGUGGUUAUGAUAUCAGCUGGUCUUUUUCUCUUUACUUACAAAUCAACGGAGUUUGAUUUACACGGAUUUAUUCUUCUACUGAUUGCAUCUUUCAGUAGUGGAGCACGAUGGACUUUAGCUCAAAUGCUCAUGCAAAAAUCAAAACUUGGCUUACACAAUCCAAUUGACAUGAUUUACUACAUGCAACCUUAUAUGCUGUUGGCACUUUUGCCAUUUGCAGUUGUUUUUGAAUCAGGUCGACUUAUGUCACAUUUUAACCAGUUUCUUGAACUUGAAUAUUAUGAAGUUCUUAUUUUAUGGACCAAAAUAUCAAUUGGCGCUUUUUUGGCAUUCUUCAUGGAGAUAAGCGAGUUUCUUGUUCUCUCGCACACAUCAAGCUUAACACUUUCAGUCUCGGGAAUAUUCAAAGAAAUUUGUCAGCUUGUUCUUGCUGUUGAGAUAAAUGGCGAAGUGUUGAGUUUGUACAAUCUUUUUGGAUUGAUUCUAUGCUUGGGUGGAAUAACUUGUCAUGUGAUUUACAAAUAUUGGAUGCUGACUGACAACACGCCUGAACGUGUGCAAGUUGAUUCUGAGUGCCAUUAUGACAUGAACAAUCAAUAUUCAACUAAAUUUGAUGCGAAAACAUUGAAUGAAACGAAAGCAUCGACGAACAAUGGAACAAGCGUAGUUAUUGCUUAUAAUGCUGGUGGUCAGAAGGUUCCGUUACUUGAUUAUGAUUCAGAUACUAAUGGUGAUGAUGACGAUAUGGAUAGUAAGUCAGCUGAAGUUUUAUUUGACAUUCUAAAGAAACGUGAUGAGACAAGAAACUAAAAGAUUUAUUUUAAAAGAUUAUUCUAUUGCACAAACAACCAAACAAACAUACAAACAAUGCUUGGAAUCGAUGAUACCAUAUUUUGAUACUUAAUAGAAGAGAAAACAUAGAAAAAUUUCCUCACAAAACAGGAAAAAUUCUAUUAGAGUCAUAAUCGGCUAUGAGAAAAUUUCUCCCUUCUUAUCAUACUUAAUGAACCUCCUGUGACUGUAAAUUUUUCCUUCAACUAUAUAAAACGAGUUUAAAUGGAUUUUUUUUUUGUGAAAGAAGAAAUAAUUUCUGUAGUCAAAUAUCACGAAAGGAAAACAAAACUUUUCAGAGAUUUAAGUAGAAUUCACAUUUUCGUGUACACAAUUAAAUAAUGAAGAGAGAAAUAAACAUUCCUUAUUUAUAAAGAAGUAAAAUAAAUAAUAAAUAAAAUUAUUGUCGUG